AUGUCCAGUAGAUUGCGUCGAAUCGUCGCCUGCGUUGAUGAGACAGGGCGCAGUGAAGAUUCACAGGAAGGUGAGCGACCCUGGAGACUUAAGCCACCUAAAGGAAAGCUGCACGCCAUCUCAGGACGUGGGAGUGGCAAUUACAGCAGCCUGUUCCGUAUCUAUGCUUUCCUCAAGAACGGCAAGAAUACUGACGAGAAGGGAAACAAAGUUGAGCAGUCAGGUCCUCCGUCAAUGAGCUCUUCCGAGGAGGUCGAUACUCCAGACGUCAGCCGAAUCGAGCCCGGGAGACACGCUCAUGCCAUGAACGAGGAGCGCAAGCACUUCCCAGUCCUUCGAAGCGAGCCCGUCGACAACUCUGGGCAUCGGGGGCAAGAAGACUGCCACCAGCAAGCAGGACUCGUGGGCACUCGUGAUGAUAUGUGCGGAGGAGCAGUGCACGACGGACUAUCUCUGUUACCCCUCCAGUGGAUGUUGAUUGAAAGCAGAUCCCAGGGUGUGGUAUCCAAGCACGAUCCUCCGCGCCAUCUUAAAGGGAGGACAACAGCGAGAUUUAAUAUCCAGAUCCGAGGUCAUCUUCCGAUAUUUAGCACAGGAUGCCGGAUCCUGAGCUGCGGUAAUGCUGGAGUCGGAAAGUCAACUUUGCUCAAUCGUGACUUUGGCAUAACCAUGGUGAACACCUGGAAUCAUGGUCACGAUUCUGAAGGGUUUCAGGCCGGCAACCUCAAAGAAAGUGAAUGCGUUCAAGGAGUUUCUGGCCAAAAGAUCAGGCCAGACGCUGGUCGAGGAGAGCUUUCACGCAAUAUGGCCGCUCUGGCUCGUGCGCUGGAAGAGGUGGCGUCCACUGCACCUUUAGUCCCCAUAAUCAUCGUUGGCACGGAGAAAGAUAAGUUUCUCCUACCGCACAGGUACGAUCAGACGCGGUACGAACACCACUUUGAUAUAAAUGACGAAGACUCUAUCAAAGGUCUGAUUAGUAUGGCCACGGCUUCAUUCCAUGAAAUUGUCGUAUCGGAGGCGAUCUGCGCAGCCCACAUCCCGGACAUCGAGGCCAAGAUUGACCAGGCUAUCGAGAAGACACUGAGACUUCUCAGAACGGCUGUGCCCGCCGCUCGUAUCCUUGGAGCAGGCACUUUUGUCGCGACGCCGACUGUCUCGAGAUGCCUUUGUCAAAAUUCUCGCAUGGUUGCUCCUGUAUACCAGAGGCAAGAGUGGCUGAGACUGGCAUCGUUCUAG